AUGACAGAGGUGGCAGGCACCAGGGCGCUAUCUAUCUCCCUCCGCCCCUUCGAAAUCGAGGACGCCGACGACGUCAUGGUGUGGAAGGGAGACCCUCGUGUGGCGGAGUUCAGCCGGUGGGACGCUUACACCUCCUGCGACGAGGCGGUGGCCUUCAUCCGGGACUUCGCCAUCUCCCACGAGUGGUGUCGCGCCAUCUGCGUCGCCGGCCGGCCGGUCGGAUGCAUCUGCAUCACGAUCGGCGAGGGCGCCGACCGGUGCUGCGGACGGCUCAAGUACGAGGUCGCCCACGGCUACUGGGGAAAGGGCGUGGCCAGCUCGGCCGUGAGGCUGGCUGUUCCAGCCGUCUUCCGGGAAUUUCCAGGUUUAGAGCGUAUCCAGGCGAUGGUCAUCCUGGAAAAUAGGGGAUCCAUCAGGGUAUUGGAGAAAUGUGGAUUUCUCAGGGAGGGGAUCCUCAAAAGGUACGUGGUUGUGAAGGGUAGGGUCUGGGAUUUGGCCAUGUUCAGUAUUCUUUCUGAAGAAAUUCAACCAUGCAUGGCCAACCUUACAUCAACCUUCCGGAUUUGA